AUGGAUCUUUACGAUGUGCUCCUACAGUCUGGACUGAUAACCGGCGCGAUAGUGUUCUAUCUUGUAUUUAUUAAGAAACAAACACCAAAUAAGGGGAAUUAUAAAGAAGUUGGUUGGAACUAUCAUCUGCGGCUCUUGUUCGCUCGGUAUGCUGUACGGCGUUGGAAGUCACAAUUGAAGCCUACCAAGCUGCAUGAGGUCCCUUUGCCUGAUCUAUUCACGGGAUGGGACAGCAUCGCACUACGGACGAGCGGGCCCGAUGGGUCAGCCAUACUCCUCAGCAUCCGGAAGCUAUGUGGCCCACAGCCACUGGCCGAAAUUGUUGUUCAUGUCAAUUUACCUGAUGGAACUGUUUACAAGUUACCACAGCAUCCAGACACAGCAAUAUGUGCAUGGCAAAGCGUGGAGGAUGGUUGGAGCGCAGAAGGCCUUAAAAUUCAGGUUACUGAAGAACAGACCCGAUACAGAUUCUUGUACACUGGACUUCUGACAAGGGUUGGCGAUGGCGUUACGCAGCAUGUGAAACUUAACCUCGUCUGGUCUUCAGCCAAUAAGCCGAUCAGGUAUCCUGAUGAAUGGAGCAACGCGCUAGCAGCAGAAGCAUUAGCCCUUGAACCAUGGCGUGAUGACAAAUGGCCGUACAUGUUGAGCAAAAUGGAAGACGGAGGCUGGUUUCUAUGGGGAACUGCACAGGGUCGUUUCGAGUCAUUUGAUGAGGAAGGAAUUGUGGACAAGAGUGUAUUCUUGCGUACUCGUGGAAUAAAGGAGAGGAGAUGGGCACCUCGUGGAUAUGAGGGACUAAGACGAUCAGUCGAAAUCAUGGCGCUGGCACGAGACGGAACGACAGUGCAAAUCCGGUGCUUGUCGUAUAAAAAUGAACUGACCCAUUGCAUAUCUGGCAGUGUCCGUUUACCGAACUUUACUUACGAGGCCAUCACAUACACUGACAUCGUGAUGGCAGACUUCUGCGAAAGAUCUGAUGUGAUACCUGAUGUGUACACGAUUAAUGUGAACACUGCAAAACGUGAACUAAAGUUAGUACUUAGAAUUAAUAAAGAUGGCGGUAAAGUAUUUAGUGGAGUUCCUUACCAAUACGAAGAAGAAUAUCGCACUAUGCACGUUAACAUCAACUGUGAGCCGGGUACAGGCAUAUUGCAACUAGGAUACGAACCAUCAGUUGUAGCAGAACCAGUUUCUCGUAUCUCCCCACCAAGACAGCUCAAGUGGCUGACGGAAAAGCAAGCUGGUGAAGUUGGAUACUGCGUUGCAUUUGAAGAUGGUGCUGCUGCCUGUCCUAUGUAUGUAGGAGGGAAAGGAGCUUCUCUAGCUCUACUGGCUUCAGUGCAAAAAGAAAUGGGUUACCGUGUUCCGCCUGGAUUCUGUUUGACUACACAUGCUUUGGAAAAACAUUUAAAAGUGAAUUCUGAACUGAAGGCCGCUAUAGAUGAAAUUGAAGCAGCUAAUGAAGAUUACAAUGAAGCAAUAUUCAAGGAAAAGUGCCAGAAAGCAUCAGAUCUAUUCGUUGGUACAAAAAUAAAGGACGACAUAAGGGAUGAAAUAUUGAUCAAUAUGAAAGAACUAAGAGACAAGGCUGUAAAGCAGAAUUUGGGAUCGGAAUUGCGUUUUGCGGUUCGAUCAUCAGCCGUCGGAGAAGACAGCGAGGAGUUGUCUGCUGCUGGUCAAAAUGAAACAAUCCUUGGGUGCAUUAGCGAUGUUGACAUUUUGGAAGGAGUCCAGAAAUGUUGGGCGUCAAUGUUUGCGUUCACCAGUACUUACUAUCGCAGGCAGAACGGACAGCCGUGUCUAUGCGGUGGUGGGGUAGUGGUGCAAGCCCUGGUGACACCACGAGCGGCAGGUGUGAUGUUCACGCGACACCCAGCUCAUGGAGACCCAUCCAAACUUCUAAUUACCGCUAAUUAUGGGCUUGGAGAGAGCGUAGUUUCUGGUGCCGUCGAACCCGAUACAAUAAUUGUGAAGCGAUUAAGUAAAGACCUUAGUAUUUGGAAGAAGGAGUUGGGUUCCAAAAUAAAGAGGGUUAGAACAGAGGGUAGUGGCAUUGCAAUGGAGGAUGUACCAGAUGAUGAGAGAAGUGUCGCGUGCAUUACUGAUGCUGAAGCUUUAAAAUUGGCAAGCAUUGGAGUAUCUCAAGAAGAACUAUGGGGCGCUGGUAGAGAUAUAGAAUGGGCUAUUAAGGAGAACGAGAUAUUCCUCUUACAAGCGCGCCCCAUCACCUCCCUGGACCGUUGGACAGAAGAAGAGUUGCUCUUUGAGUUGGACUCCGCGAUUAUGGCUGAUGAUGAACUGAUUUCAUUUGGAAAUUGUGGCGAGGUCCUUCCAAAACCACUAUCAGCAAUGAAUUACGACGUAGUGUGCAGGGUGUUGACGUCUGGUAUGGACCAAAUGGUUGGUGCUAACGACAGCGGCUUUGACAAUUGCAUUUACUUAACUCACGGUAGAUGCGCUAUGGGUCUGUACAAUACCUUAUACAGAAGGGUCACUGAAAAGAUUGAUAUGCCAAUUCGCGUGUCAGAAAUGGCAAUACAUGGUCAUACCGUAGCAGAUCAACAAAUAUUGAAGACAGCGUGUCAUAGGCGACCUCCAUACAGGACUCAAACUCUUGAAGGCAUAUUGUUUAUGUUGAAGGUAUUAUUGACAUCUAAACGAGCUCUGAAUGACUCAAUGAAGGCAAGUAAAGUGAAUUAUGAAAUUAAAAGCGAUGACCCAGGGGAAAUAUUGGAAGCUAUAAUGAAAUCGCACGAUAUUCUGGAACGUGUUGCGUACAACCACUGUGUAACCAGCUCUGCAAGUACUAGCAGCCAAAUUUUAGCUAUGUCUGUGUUCAUGGAGGGCAAAAUGGACUUUAGUGCUGAAGUUUGCAGUGAAAUAAGCACAAUGUUUAGCUCCGGUGACGUACUGUCUGCAGAAGUGCCUACUGCUUUAGCAAAUAUAGUGCGCAAGUUAGAGAAAUCAGGGCUAGCUGACGAAUUUAGAGCUCAAGAUCCAAAGACAGCCCUGCAGUGGUUGAAGAAUAAUGCUCAUGAUGAUAUUUAUAUUGAUGUUCGUGCAUUCUUGGAAGAACACGGAUACAGAGCUGUUAUGGAGUUCGAUAUCCUAACUAAACCAUGGGUGUUGGUCCCAGAGGAAAUGAUGGUUGUUCUCCAAAACUUGCGCGUUACGGAUGACGUAACAAUAAAGAAAAAUAAGAGCAAUCAGGAGAUAAUUGAUGCUUUAACUAUUCCUCAACAGUCAGUCACUAAGAAAAUUCUUCGCUGGGUUCUACCGUUAUGUCACAAUACCGUGCGACAAAGAGAGGGCACGAAGGCUCAAAUGGUGCUAGUUAUACAUAAAGUGCGGCUCGCUUUUCUGCGCUUAGGACGUUUGUUAGUCAAGAAGUGGUACAUUCCAAAUGAAGACCUCGUGUUUUUCUUCCGACUACAUGAGCUACAAAAAUAUCUUGCUACUAGAGAUCCAGCUUUAUUGAAAAAAGCUAUGCUACGUCAGCAGUAUCACCCCGGUUGGUGCAAGCUAAAGUUUGAAGAGCUACACGUUGGUUGGGUAAACAAGUUGGAGCCUAAAGCACCCAAUGUAAUGGCUGGAGACGUCAAAAUAAAAGCAACUUCAGUCUGUGGAGGUGAAGUGGUGGCCAGGGCUUGCGUCAUCAAGGAUCUUGCAGAGAUUGAUCAACUGCGUCGUGGCGAUGUGCUAAUAACACACGCGACUGACAUCGGCUGGUCGCCUUACUUCCCGUUGCUUACCGGCAUUGUAACAGAACUUGGUGGACUUAUAUCACAUGGUGCUGUGAUCGCUCGAGAAUACGGUUUGCCGUGCAUCGUGGGUGCAGCCUAUGCUACAGAUAUGUUCAAAACUGGAGAUUUAGUGCGACUGUCCGGAUCUAAAGGCACAAUAGAAAAAGUUGAAGUAGCUGAAGAUAGUCAAGAUACUAGCGUUAUGAGUUAA